AUUGAAUGAACUUUCUCUCUCUCUCUAAAACUUGUAGUAUCAUUUAACUCUCUGUCUCCUUCUUCCUUUGAAUCCUCUGUUUUGGCUUUGUUUCUAGUGCUAAUCUUGUCACUCUCUAGAUAAUAUUAGUUGGGGAGGUGAAAAGAGAUUGAUUUUAUUUUAUUUUAAAAAAGAAGAGAUUGAUUUUUGUUUCUGCUGUGCAAUAAUUUUCUGAGAGGGGAUGUGAAGCUCUUAAUGUAUAAUUAAUCUGACAUUCUCAACAACUAUUUUGUGGGGUUUAGUUUUUGUUGAAAGAACAACAGAGAGAGAGAUGUCUCAGACCAACUGGGAAGCUGAUAAAAUGUUGGAUGUUUACAUCUACGACUAUCUGGUGAAAAGAGAUUUAAAAGCUACUGCUCAGGCUUUUCAAGCUGAAGGCAAAGUCUCAUCGGAUCCAGUUGCUAUUGACGCACCUGGAGGAUUUCUAUUUGAGUGGUGGUCUGUCUUCUGGGAUAUAUUUAUUGCUAGGACCAAUGAGAAGCACUCUGAGGUUGCUGCAUCUUACAUUGAGACACAGAUGAUUAAAGCACGAGAACAGCAAAUGCAGCAAUCUCAACACCCACAGGUCUCACAGCAACAACAACAACAACAGCAAAUACAAAUGCAACAGCUCUUGUUGCAACGUGCCCAACAACAGCAACAACAACAACAUCAAAACCAACCACCUUCUCAACAGCAGCAGCAGCAGCCAGCUCCUCAACAUCAACAGCAGCCAACACCACAGCAGCAGCAGCAGCCACAGAGGAGAGAUGGAUCCCACCUUGCAAAUGGAUCAGUAAAUGGACUUGUUGGUAAUAACAGCGACCCAGUUAUGAGGCAAAAUCCUGGGUCUGGGAGUGCCUUAGCUAAUAGUAAGGCAUACGAGGAGAGGGUCAAAAUGCCUACUCAGAGGGAGUCUUUAGACGAAGCUGCUAUGAAGCGAUUUGGGGACAAUCCUGGGCAACUCUUGGAUCCAAAUCAUGCAUCAAUGUUGAAAUCUUCUGGACAGACUGCAGGGCAAGUGUUACAUGGUGCUAUGUCUCCACAGGUUCAUUCUCGGAAUCAACAACUUCCUGGAUCUGCAGUGGAUAUUAAAAAUGAGAUCAAUCCUGUGCUGACUCCCAGAACUGCUGUUUCAGAAGGGUCUUUGAUUGGAAUUCCUGGUUCAAAUCAAGGCAACAACCUUACACUUAAAGGCUGGCCACUCACAGGAUUUGAUCAGCUUCGUUCUGGUCUUCUUCAACAGCAAAAACCAUUCAUGCAGUCUCCACAGUCUUUUCACCAACUCAAUAUGUUGACUCCUCAACAUCAGCAACAGCUCAUGAUGGCUCAACAGAAUCUAAACUCACAAUCUGUCAAUGAAGAGAACAGAAGACUGAAAAUGCUACUGAACAACAGGAGCAUGAGCCUGGGAAAAGAUGGCCUUGGGAGUUCUGUUGGGGAUGUGUUGCCUAAUGUUGGGUCUUCUUUACAACCUGGUGGUGGCUCUCUUUUGCCACGUGGAGACACUGAUAUGUUACUAAAGUUAAAGAUGGCUUUGUUGCAUCAGCAACAACAGCAGGGUGGUGGAAAUUUACCACAGCCUCAGAUACUUAAUCAGCAGGGCCUAUCAAAUCAACAAUCACAGAGCUCAAAUCACAACAUUCAUCAGCAAGAAAAAUUGGGAGGGGUUGGUAGUAUUACCAUGGAUGGUAGCAUGUCAAAUUCUUUUAGAGGAAAUGAACAGGUUUUGAAGAAUCAGAGUGGGAGGAAAAGAAAGCAACCGGUCUCAUCUUCUGGACCAGCUAAUAGUACAGGAACAGCUAACACCACAGGACCAUCACCAAGCUCAGCACCUUCUACACCUUCAACUCAUACUCCUGGAGAUACCAUGUCUAUGCCUAACCUGCCUCAUAGUGGUGGUUCCUCAAAACCAAUGAUCAUGUUUGGAUCUGAUGGAACUGGGACUCUUACUUCUCCAUCAAAUCAGUUGGCUGAUAUGGAUCGGUUUGUGGAAGAUGGGUCACUUGAAGACAACGUUGAGUCCUUUUUAUCUCAUGAGGAUGGUGAUCAACGUGAUGCCGUUGGACGGUGUAUAGAUGUUAGUAAAGGUUUCACGUUUACAGAAGUGAACUCAGUACGUGCGAGCACAGGCAAAGUUAUGUGUUGCCACUUCUCAUCGGAUGGAAAAAUGCUUGCUAGUGGCGGACAUGACAAAAAGGCUGUUAUAUGGUACACUGACACUAUGAAACCUAAGACCACCCUUGAGGAGCACACAGCUCUGAUUACAGAUGUCCGUUUUAGUCCCACCCUGCCUCGCCUUGCAACUUCUUCGUUUGAUAAAACUGUCAGAGUUUGGGAUGCUGAUAAUAAAGGUUACUCUCUUCGUAAUUUCAUUGGACAUUCUUCUAUGGUUACAUCACUUGACUUCCACCCCAACAAGGAUGAUCUCAUAUGUUCAUGUGACAAUGAUGGCGAAAUAAGGUACUGGAGCAUCAACAAUGGUAGUUGCACAAGAGUGUACAAGGGUGGUAGCACUCAGAUAAGGUUCCAACCACGUGUUGGAAAGUAUCUCGCAGCUUCAUCAGCAAAUGUUGUAUCUGUAUUAGAUGUUGAGACACAAGCUUGUCGACACUCUUUGCAGGGCCAUGCUAAUCCGAUAAACUCGGUUUGCUGGGAUCCUUCUGGUGACUUCUUGGCAACGGUUAGUGAAGAUAUGGUGAAAGUUUGGACGCUGGGGACAGGUAGUGAAGGAGAAUGUGUUCAUGAGCUAAGCUGCAAUGGCAAUAAGUUCCAGUCUUGUGUUUUCCAUCCUACUUACCCUUCCCUACUCGUAAUUGGUUGUUACCAGUCUUUAGAACUAUGGAACAUGUCAGAGAACAAGACGAUGGCAUUGCCUGCUCACGAAGGGCUAAUUGCGUCAUUGGCUGUUUCAACUGCGACUGGUUUGGUUGCAUCAGCUAGUCAUGACAAGUUAGUGAAGCUGUGGAAGUGA